AUGCCACUGCCCCUCAUCAAAAUAUACAUUCGUGCCCUUCUUACGGGGCUUUAUUAUCUACACAAAGAAUGCAGGACAGCUCAUACGGGUAAUUUCAUCUUCGGCCUUGCCUCCCGUGGCUACCUAAAUCUGAAGCUUGAGAACAUCAUGGUCUCAUUCGAGGAUCCAACCGUGCUUGUUGAUUUCAUGGAUUCUCAGCUUGAAAGCCCGAUGGCUUUCAAGAUUGAUUCAGCGGGACGACCAUAUACCACAGCUUGUCGACUUGGCUUGGCAACCAGACUGGAGGAAGACGAUGACUGGGGCGUUUGGCCUAUUCAGCCAGACCACUAUCGGGCGCCAGAGAUGAUAUUGGGUAAUGGAUGGCAAAUGCCUGCGGAUAUUUGGAAUAUUGAUGUUCUGCUAUUUCGGCAUAUUCAUGAUUCAAAAGGUCGCUACGAUGCUAAACUACACAUCGCUAAAAUGAUCGCCUUCUCGGUCCACCCCCUUCAGAAGUCAUACAAAGGUAUCAAUACAUGCGAGAGUACUCGUGUCCGCAACCUGUCAGACGAGAAGACGGCAGAUUAUGUGAGACCGCGGAGUCGCUUCCUCUACGAAGACCUGAUCCCCGACCGCAAACUAGACGCCACGGCUUCCUUCCUUGAGGGAGAGGAGAGGGAAGCGUUUCUGAAUUUUGCCAGGGGAAUGAUGGCCUGGCAUCCAGAUUCGAGAAAAACGGCAGGCGAACUAUCGGGCCAAGGCAAACAAGCGCCUGAUUUCUGCGAGCGUUUGCUAGCGGAAUGA